AUGUCUUCAAGGCCCCGCAGUCGUUCACCCUUGCCCUCUAACGAUCGCGCCCCGUCGCGUGCUUCGCGCUCGAGAACUCGCGACUCGCGACCUCGCAGUAUCACUCGCUCUCCAUCUCCCGAUACAGGUCGCCAUGACCGACGUUCAAGAAGCCGAACCCGGAGCCGAACCCGCUCAAGAUCCGUUUCUCGUACCCCUAUCAAAAGCGGCCGACGUUACCGGAGCCGCAGCUACAGCCGCUCGCGUUCGCCUAGCCGAGAUCGAAGCCCACCCCGGAGCGCAAAGAUUGUGGUAGAGAAAUUGACCAAGAAUGUGACCGAGCCUCAUCUCCGAGAGAUAUUCGGCGAAUUUGGUGAUAUCGAAAAGCUCGAGCUCCCAAUGAACCCAGCUUUUAUGACCAAUCGCGGUACCGCCUAUAUCCUCUACUAUGACCCCGCAGAUGCUGAGGCAGCAAUUGCCCAUAUGCAUGAAGCUCAACUUGAUGGUACAAAUCUGAAUGUUUCCAUCGUUCUUCCCCGGCGCAACUUUUCACGGUCACCACCACCGUCUACUCGAGGAAAUGGUCGGCGCAAUGGUCCAUAUGCAAAAUCUCCCCCAAGAAGACAGGGUCGCGCUCGGCCUACUGAGCGGCACGAUACCUAUCGACCACCAUCGCUCUCACGUUCGCGUUCGCGUUCACGAUCACCACGACGAGGGAGCACUCGCCCAGAAAGCCCCCGUCAGCACCGACGACGAAGCCCUAGUUAUAGUAGCUACAGUGAUCGGAGUCGGAGUCGGAGCCCCAAGAGGAGCCGAAGCCGGAACCGUCAUUAA